GACACUACUGGCAAUGUCUACCGGGUGGGUCUUUCUGUCACAUGUAAAAUUGGCAGAGUGAGCAGUGCAACGCGAACAGACCUUAUAUAAAAGUUUUGUAAUUGCAACGCAAUUUAUCUAAUUUGCGAUAUCUCUUCAGUUUGCAAAACAAAGAAUGCUGUUUCUUAUUCUGAUAAGGUAAUGCUGUAUCUUAUAUUUAGUAAAUUUCGAGGAAUAUAGAAAAAAAAAUACAAGUAAAGCGCGCAUAUUGCUGAGACAACGCUUGUGCACAUGCGUCGAUGAAAAGAUGAGAAAUCUUUGACAAUUUGAGGAGGCGAGACAGUUAGAAUUGUUGGAAACAGCAAUGGAUAAAGUUUUUAGAUCGUUUCAUACGAGUCGGCCAGCAUUGUAUAAAACAUUAACAAACGAGCAAUGUACGCAAACAUUCAAUAAACUUUUUGUGAAGCAAAAUGUACCUGCAAUCAGUAGAGCGUUAUUGGCGCAAGAAUAUUCGACAGCUCUCUCCAUUGGCAUUAGGCAUUUACACGGUGAUGGAACAGUUUGUACACUUUCCCCUAAAUGCAGUUCCUUAAUACAACAAAAACGUAGUAUGUUUAUCCAAACGCAAGAUACACCAAAUCCGAAUAGUUUGAAAUUUAUCCCAGGAGUGUCAGUAUUGGGAGAAGGAUGUACAAAAGACUUUCCAAGCGCUAAGGAUGCAUACUGCUCGCCACUUGCAAAAAUGUUAUUUCGUAUCGAAGGAGUAAAAGCAAUAUUUUUCGGACCUGACUUUAUCACGGUUACGAAACUCGAUGAAGAUAUAGAAUGGAAGUUAUUGAAGCCAGAGAUAUUUGCUACUAUCAUGGAUUUUUUCGCAAGUGGAUUACCAGUCAUGGAUGAAACUUCUCAGCCAGCAGCAGAUACGCAAAUCAAUGCAGAAGAUGAUGAGAUUGUUCAGAUGAUAAAGGAAUUAUUGGAUACACGUAUACGUCCCACAGUACAGGAAGACGGUGGUGACAUUGUUUUUAUGGGUUUCGAGGAAGGUAUUGUGAAAUUAAAAAUGCAAGGUUCGUGUACUAAUUGUCCAAGCUCGGUAGUAACAUUGAGGAAUGGCGUACAAAAUAUGAUGCAAUUCUACAUCCCUGAAGUACUCGGAGUUAUACAAGUAGAGGAUGAGACGGAUAAAAUUGCUGAGAAAGAAUUUCAAAAGUUUGAACAAAUUAAGAAAAUAGAAGAAAGUAAAGACAAAUAGACAUGAUUGUAGUUGAUUGCACAUCAUAUAAUUAUGUACAUCGCAUAUUAUAUAUUGCUUAAUUGUAAAUAAUAAGACUUAUAAA